AUGGCGAGAGGUCCGAUUCUACAACGCAAGCGACGAUCGGGUCCAAAGGUUAAAACAGGAUGCGGAACUUGCAAAACCAGGAGAAUCAAGUGCGACGAGGCCAAACCGAGUUGCCAACGGUGUUCAACGACCGGACGAAAGUGCGAUGGGUACAGUAGCGAUAUUAUGAUUUCCAGUCAGAAAUUCACGGACUGUAUAAACCUCAUUCAACAAAUCUCUGUCCACAUACCCGGGAACGCAGAAGAAAAAAGAAGCUUCGAUUUUUUUCUUCGAAAUACAGCAGCGGAGCUAUCUGGAUACUAUGAUUCCUCAUUUUGGGGAAACCUUAUACUGGCUGCUUCUACAAAAAAGCCUUCUUUACGGCACGCCGUGAUAGCACUAGGAGCCUUGCAUGAAGACUUCUCACGGAAGAGGCUGCAAUCCGCUCCAUCAUUCGAGAACCAAAACACCCAAUUGGCACUAAGUCAGUACUCGAAAGCCAUAGGAGCACUGCGGAGGUCUUUAUCACAUGGGAAAGAAGAGCCGCUCACGGCGCUCAUGGCCUGCAUACUGUUCGUCUGCUUUGAUAGCCUGCGAGGCUAUUAUGAAUCAGCAAUGGUCCAUCUUCAAAGCGGGCUUGGAAUUCUGCGGGAUAUAAGGAAGUCUUCUACAAGGAAUCAAAUCAUCGAGGAAAAAAUUGCUCCUCUUUUCAGGAGACUGUCGUUACAGUCUAUCAUUUACGUUGAGACGAAAAGUAAGCAUGAUAAGAUAAACUUUGUUGAAAAGUUGAUAGACGUCUCCGGGAAAGAUGGUGUAAUUUUUGAAAAGUUUAAAAGUAUAGAAGACGCUCGGAAUGCUUUAGAUGAAGCCAUGGAUGGGUUAUUCAGGUCAUUCUAUAUGAUGGAGCGUUUCCUACCUAUCAUUUUACAACCCACAGAAAGCCUCGCUACAUUCGACAAAUACACAUCUCAUUUAUUCCUCUGGAACCUUGCAUUUGAACAAUUUAUGUUAUCCAAAAGCAAGGAUUUCACCAGCAGGGAAGUGCAAGGUGCUGCACUCUUGAAAAUACAUCACACGACUUUGAAUAUCAUGGCUAGCAUGUUUCCUGACAUCAGUGAUAUGACAGUUGUGAUUGAUAUGGUAGACACAGAUAGGUUCUUGAAAUAUCUGGACGACUUUCAAAUCAUCAUCGACUUGUCAAGGUCGCUAAUCGUAGCUGCGGAACAGGAUGCGAUGAACGGAAGGCCGCCGCUUACUUUCAGCAGUGAUUUUGGCAUUAUAGGACCGCUUUAUUACGUCUGUAUCCACUGUCCUACCCCCUCCAUUCGAGAGACAGCAAUGGAGCUAAUGUUAAGAUGUCCGCGACGAGAAGGGAUGUGGGAUAAUGCAAUUGUCGCUCAAAUGAUCCAACAAUUCUGGGAACUGGGAGCAAGGCACAAAGAAUCGCAAAAUAUGGGUUUUGAAUUAGAUGAAAAUGGAUUGCCAGUGCCUUUCAACGACCGGGGAAUUGUUCACUACGCAUUUUUCGGUCGACCAACAGCAGUGAAAACAACUGACCUCUGCCAAUCUACUCCUGCAGACUUUUCUCCUUCUGAGCCAGUGAAAUUUCCACCAUCUUGGGGAUUGUGA